GCUCGGGGACUGGAGAGACACCGGUUCCUUGUGCGCAGGGCGUGCGGAGGGGAGCUGGCCUUUUCCCACAGCUGACGCUGGUGGGAGGGGCUGGAGCAACAGCCCCAGGUAACUCACACCUCCAGGGGUGGGCUAGGGACUCAGCGGGGCUAAAGGAACCUAAGGUGAGUUAAACUGGUUUACACCAGCUGGGGAUCUGGGCCCAUUGAGCCCAGCUGGGGAUCUUCCCCUUUGAGUCCAAUGGAGCUAUGUCCCACUGACCCCAGCUCAGGAUCUCGCUCAUUCAUGGCGAUGACUCUAAAACCAGCCCUCUGGUCCUGUUGUGGCCCUGGGGGUGUGUUUUAAACUAACAUUUAGAGGUUCUGUGCCUCUGUCACGGACUCACAGGACUCGUGCUCUCUCGGCUCCGUGCGGUCCCUGGGAGGAACCUCCUUCAGAAUCACAGCCCUUCUCGGGGGUCCACUCUCUCUUGGGGGUUAAGCCCCUCUGCCUCCUGGAACCUCACCUCUCUGAGCCCUCAGCGUGCCUGCCGUGGGCGCCCUCAGGGAGUCCCCUCGCUCUGGCCCCCCGGGGCCUCCACGCCCAGAGGGAAUAAUGCCACCCUCAUCUCUAGACUGGAGUGACUCUCAGCCAGCAUAAAGCAGAAGGGUUUAUCGAGCAUCUGAACACAACUUAGGAAACUCUCCAGGCCCUCAGGCCUAGCAACCCUCAGCACAUUUAGGGUCUCUCCUGCAUCCAGAGGGGCUCUGGCUGCUCUCUUUCCCCAGUCCAACAGCCCCCUCCUUCCAGCUGGGCAUCCAAUAUCACUUUCCCCCAAGCCUUGCCUCUGACCUUUAUCUUUUGUCCCAGGUAAACAGGUUGCCUGGGCCUCCUCUCCUCUCCUCUCAGCCUCUCCUCUCAUCUCAUCCAUCCUUUGUUUCCCCACUGGCUGGAUCCAGCUGGUCGGGUCACCGGGGUCCUCUCUCCACAGCCCAUUGUCCUCCCACUGGCCAGAACCAGCUGUGACUUCUGAGCUGAGCCUCGCAGUCACCAGGUCACCGGUCGCUGGGGUCUCCAUUCUCCAGGCUGAUGUCCAGGGUCCCUAAUGCCACUACUGGCCCUCUGUAACACCAAACUCCCUGUCCCAGCACCCCGUGAAACCAGUAAUACACAGGGAAACAGAGUCCCACACAUCACUGAAAAAACAAGCAAAGCCCCAGCUUCGUCACGUCUCUCCCUGCUCUGAGUCGGAACCGUAGAAAACUCUGCCUGAUGAACUUUCAGAGAAAGAAAUGGAGUGUCUCAGGGAUGGAGGGUGCCAGAGACUUUCAUUGUUGUCCUUGUGGGCUCUGCCUGGGAGCCUGUUGCAGACCGUGGAGGACACAAACACCAGGAGCCAUGAAGGGUCAUUAACCCUCCGGGCUCCAUUUCACACCAUGUCCUGCCUCGUGAGCUCCGAUCUCUCAUGCUCAGCAAGGUUGGGCGACCCCAACCACGUUCAAUGCAUUGCCCUUGGGGCACGGUGCUGCAGGGAGCAGGGCGGGGGCUCAACAGGGGCACUUUUCCCCUGCACCUCCCUGCACCCCAACCCUGCACCAUGCUCAUAUACUAACCAACAGGAGACAAGGUCCGCCCUUUGUGGCAUCCAUUGGUUGCUGGUUCCACUUGUGAUUCUCCUCUCUUGUGCAGCUCGCAGCUUCCUCUGGGUCCAGGAGCUGGCGGUAGGUGGCUCCUUCUGCCUCACCAACAGCCUCAUCUUCUUCGUCUCCUGCUUCUGGCUUGUUCUGGGAAGGCGGUACCUUCAUUCUAUGCCUUGGACUCUCUCCACAAGGUGACCCAUUUGGGCUGCAAUCGCUCCCCUGGAAUUUCAGCCUGGAGGGGGAGGCUCUGGUGGAAGGUCCAAGAGUGAGAUCUGAGAAACCUCCACAGGAUGUGAAAGGGUUUUAGGCACCAUGAAUGCUCCAGCAACCUACCGAAGUGCAUCCCCAUCAGGGCUGGGGCACAGCUGCUGUUUCAUAGCUCAAACCCAGCAGUGAUUUGUUCUCUCAAGAUGGAGCCUUCCAGCCGCAUCACUUUAAAGAUGCUCCCGUGUGGGGAUAAACAAAAAGGCCAGUAAACUAAACCCACAUAAACAUAAUUCUCCAUCUCUCCCCAGGCUCCCCCACCCCUGCAUCCCCUUCAUCCCACCCUAAAUCCAAAGCAGGACCAAGGGCCUGGCUUCAGAGUCAUCACUGUGAAUGAGCGAGAUCCUCAGCUGGGGUCAAUGGCCCAGAUCCCUGGCUGAGGUCAAUGGCCCAUAGCUCCCCAGUGGGUGUAAACCAAUGUAACGCAAAGAAGGGUCCUUUACACGACCUGAGACCCUGGGGCAGCCUGGGAAGAUCCAGCCCCUUGGGGCUGCUGCUCCAGCCCCACCCACCCGCAAUGCGUUGAAGUACAAAAGCCAGUGCAAGGCUUGGAGAUGGUGGCGGGAAGUGGUCAACUGCCCUCAGCCCCUCCUUACCUGAGAUGCUGCUGCCUGUCCGGCCGCCCAGCUGAGCAGUGACUGCAAAUGAGGCUGUGCCUUCCUCUGCCUCCAUCAGAGGGGAGGGGCCCCGCCCCCUCCUUGCACCCAGAUGGGGCCGGUGGCUGAACUGAGAACCCAGCUCCCAGGCCAGAUCGAUCAGCUCAGCAUGGCGCUAACUCUCCUUCUGCCUCUGCUGGGUAAGUGACCUCCCUCGGCCCUCACCCCUCUGUCUGGAGACUCCUCCUCCACCCUGCCCCACAUCCCUCCAUCCCACUUGGCCCCAUCCCCUCCCCAGAGCUCUCUCCUCUUCUCUUCUCUUCUCUUCUCUUCCAGCCUCUCUCCAGAUUCUCCCCAGGCUGGUGUCUCCUGCAGGUAACGAUGUCUCCUGUCCUUGCUGAGAUGCUUGUGGUGGGGGGUGGGGAUCCCCCUCCUCUCACACUCUGAUGUUUGGGAUUCAAAGGAAAGGGAGAUUCCCAGGUGCCCCGUGUCAUCCCCCUAGGUGGGUCAGGCCACCCCUUUCACAGGCAUUUCCCAUGGAUCCAGCCCCAGGAGCAGCAACUCCAGUCCAGACCCAUGUCCAAUGGGGUGGAAGAGCUACCCCAGCUGAUGCCUCCCUGGGGGUCCCUUUGGUGGGUCCCAGUGCAGGCCGCAGGGGAGAAGAUGCCCCCGUCUCCAUGGGUGCUACCCAGCCUCUUAUUGGCAGCCUCAGCAGAGAGAGCGAGGGAUGAACAGCCAAGGAGACUGAUCACCCACCUCCCCAUUACACUCAGUCCCCCUAGGCAGGGCCCACCAGGAUGGGGCUGUGUUUGGAGGGGGGAGCUCUCUCUGUUCCCCGGCUCUCUGCUCCCACACAAGACUCAGGGCCAGGGGCACAGACCCAGCACCCCCCAGCGGGACAUUAAAAGCAGGUCCUGCCAAGACUCCAGAGGAAACAUGCCCCCCUCCCAGUUCCCCAGCUCACUGUGUCCCCGCAGCAGCCCGUCUACACAACUGGAGAAGCUGUGACCCUGAAGUUCUCAGGUGUCGGGGCGUCCACCAUGUUCGGGAUCAGGUUCUUCAGGGACAGGCAGAAAAUCUCACCAAGGAACUCCCCUCACUUCCGUACUGUUACAUCAAUUUGACUCUGCUGUCGGGGCUAUCUGGAUUACAUGCCGGAGUAUACAGAUGUGAUUACUGGAAGACAGAGUCUGGGCGAGUGAUCCCAUUGGAGAGAAGCUGACCUGUCUCCAUAGAUGUGACAGAGGCUGUGGAACUAAAAGAGAACAAGAUGAGAAUAGAGCUGAAGUGGGGAGAUAUCAUGAGGCAAUGCCUAGCUGCAAUGUGCAGCCUUGAGAAAGAAGAAGCCUCUCUCCAGAUACUCCUCAGACCGGUGUACCCCUCAGAUCUCUCGCCGGCCCCCAAACUCUUGCGGGAGUACUGGUACACAGUGUAUCUCGCAGGGGAGCAGGUUAACCUCACAUGCUCGGCUCCUGGGCAUGAGGAGGUUUCAGGAUACAGAUUCUUCUAUCACAAAGGGCAGCAGGACCCUAGCGUAGUCCUCAACCCUAAUGCUGGAGCCCGGCUGGAGUUCACAGCAGAAAAGGGAAAUGCUGGGUCAUACAGCUGUGCGUACUGGAGAUUGGAAUCCAAUCAAGAGAUCUCAUCUAGGAACAGUAGCUCCGUCUCCAUAAUAGUGACAGACCCUCCACCACCCCCCACCCUCUCUCUCCACCCCCUGCACCCCAUCUAUAUCCUAGGGGAGUCGGUAAUGCUGAGGUGCUCAGCUCCCUUUGGAGAGGAAGUGAAGAGAUACAGGUUCUUCAAUCAAAGAGGGGAGCGGAUCUCCAAAGAAGACUUCAGCCAGGGCACCUGGCUGAUCACCACGACUUACGCAGCAGACAGCAAGGCAUACACCUGUCUGUACUGGAGACUAGAGCAUGGGCGACAGAUCCCGUCCAAAAUGAGCCCUCCGGUCCCAGUGCCUGUGAUGGACACCCUUCCACAGCCGGUGCUGGGCAUGUAUCCUCUGUCUGGAGCAGUGAGUGAAGGGCUCCCCCUGUUCAUCACCUGCAUGGCCCCCAGGGAUGCCGGCAAGCAGAUGUUUCAUUUCUACAACGACGGAGCCAAGAUCUUUCCCGGGGACGUUGGAUCUGAGGUGAACACCACAGAGUCCAGGACGUGCUCUAUGAACAUCUCUGUGCUCAGCAUCCUGUGGUCUGGUUCCAACAACACUGGAGAAUUCACCUGCGAGUAUGAGGAGAAUGUGAGUGGGAGGUGGAUCCUGUCCCCAAGGAGCUGGGCCGUGAAUGUCACAGUAUCAGCUCACAGCUUCCUCUGGGUCCAGGAGCUGGUAGUGGGUGGCUCCUUCUUCCUCAUCAAUGGCCUCAUCUUCCUCGUCUCUCACUGCUGCUUCUAGAUCCAGUUACCAAUCCAUGAGGGCACCUUCCCUCUUAUCCUGUAACAGCUUACUUUGCUUAAGGGCCUUUGGCAAGGGACCUUGUCAAAGGCUUUCUGAAAUUCUACAAAGCCAUCAAGCCACCAAGGACAGGAGGUAAGGACUCAGCUAUCAGCAGGGAGUUCAAGCGGCUCCCCCAGGAGACUUUCCUGCUUCUUGAUGCAGCAUCAGUGAACUUAAAGGAACAUGCUCUCAGGCACGAUAGAGAGAGGGGCAGUGAACCUCCAAGUUAUCGUCCCCCUAAGAAGACAGGGGAAACCAGUGCCCCAAAGUUUGAUGGAAGAUUAUGACUGAGAGCCAGUUGGCCAGGCUGGACCAAGCAUAAUCGGAGGGCAAAACCAUCUUGAAUGCAGACCGUGCCUUGCUACAUCGAGUUUUAGUCUUUCAGCUGCGUGUUUUCACAGUGAUUUUCUUGUAAUCAUUUUUCCCUUGGAUUCUUUUCACUUGGCAUCAUUUAACCCAUGGGCUGUUGUUAAUAAAUUUGCUUCAUUUUAAUCUAAACCAACCCAGGACUGGGUUUGAAUUCAAGUCACUGGUAACUCGAGUUAACGUGGCGAGCAGCUGUGGAUUGUCUCUUUAAAGGAGCAAGUGACCCUUAUUAUUGGUCUGGAUGCUCCAGGAGAGGGCUGGACAUUUCCAGGAAGAUGGUUUGGGGGGGAAAUUUGUACCGGGGGUGGGAGGUGUUGGCAUCCCUUGGCUAGUAGUAACCAAGACUUGUAGAGACCAGAGCAUGGUGAGAGGUACCAAGCAGGCUGCUGGAGUCGGCAUUCCUAAACCAGGGCUGUUGAUCGCAGAUGCUCCGUACACGCUUGUCUGCUGGCAGGGAGCAUCCAGACAGGGAGCUGCAGGAGCUGAGCAUUUCAAGGCACCAAAGGUUAUGGGGCAGAAGGUUCUGAUUCAAACCCCAAAAGAUGGCACCCAGCACUUUAUGCAGUCCCCCUGCAGUGGGGCAUAGUGACUUUUGCACAAUGUCAGCGAGCAGUGAUCCCAGCCACCAUCCAACCUCCCCCAGUGUAGGACACUGCAGCUGUUAUACAAAGGCAUGGAACUGACAUCCAUGAACUCAGCAGAGCAAGAUUUACGUGCCCAGUCGAAGCGGAGGUGGGAAUUUUGGGGACAAGGAUUGUGCAUGUUAAGAGCCAGUAUUUGGGUACUUAAUGACCGGGCAGGUCAUUCGCUUCAAUGCACACCUUCCAUGAGAUGACAAAUCCAGCAGCAUGAUGCACGCUAAGGAGACACUCAUGCCCCUUCCUAACACACAGUGCCCCCUGGCACUGCACAGGUCAUGGCAGCCUGCACUGUCUGCCAGGGGAGAGCGCCCCCUGCUGAGCCCCUGCCCUGCUCCCUGCAGCACAGCGCCCCCAAAGGAAUACACAGAAUAUUGUUGGGGGUCACUCAACCUGGCUGAGUGUGAGAAAUCAGAGUGUAUAUCAGCUCAUGAGGCAGGACCUGGUGUAAAAUGGAGCCCAGAUAGUUGAUGACCCUUCAUUGCUCCUUGUGUUUGUGUCUUCCAGGUUCUGCAAGAGGCCCCCAGGCAGAGCCCACAAGGACUGUAGGACAAAAGUGAAAUUCUCUGACACCCUCCAUCACUGAGACACUUCAUUGAUUUGUCUGAAUGUUAAUGAUGGAGAGUUCUCUCUGUUCCUCCCAUGUGUUCUUUUGAGGCAGCCAGCAGGGGGAUCUGGGAACCAGGACUCCUGGGUUCUAUUCAUGGCUCUGGGAGAGGUGUGGGGUUUAGUGGAUAGAGCAGGGGAGACUGGGCAUCAGGAUGUAUGGGUUCUACUCCGAGCUCUGGGAGGGAAGUGGGCUCUAGUGGGUUGGAGAUGGAAAUCAACCCACUGCUCUGUUUUCCAUUAAACUUUUCAGCCCAA